CACAGACACUAAAAGAGAGAAGUAUCACAUGAAUAUUGUUUACCUCUCUCUCUCUCUCUCUCUCUCUCUCUCUCUUACAUAUCUAUCUAUCUCUUGCUCUCUAUCUCUCUCGUGUUAUCCAACAAAAGUCACGGAUCUUGAGCGGUGAUCGGAGAGAUGGAGUUCCGGGAGAAGCUCUUAAAGUUUAAGUUCCAAAUCGUCUUCGCCUUCGUUUUCUCCCUCCUCACCGUCGCUCUCGUCACUUAUUCUCCCGGUUUUCUUACCGUAGUAACUUAUUUCUGGCCUCUAGUUCUCUCCACCGCCCUCUUUCUCGCCGCCGUUUUCUUCUUCGCCCGGACAUCCGACCUUCCGACGUCAUCUACUAUCUCCGGAGAUGGCUCCGGCUUAAUAGUGGCUGCAGAGGGGAUCCUUGACUAUGUCGUUGGUGGACAACACGAAGAGACUCUCUUUGAUAGCUUCACUAAACUCGACUAGUAUGAGAUCUCCCUGUGUUUUGAAUUCUUAAGUAUUUUCGUUAGUUUCUUUUUAAUAAUAGAGAAUAUUGAUAAAUGUAAUAGUUAAUCUGUGGAAUAAGAAUCAGUCUUGCUUCA